UGUUAAAUAAUGAGUUUCACUGGUCCAGUAAUAAUCGGAUGAAACUCGAAUGUGUUAGGUGAUGGCACGAAAAUGGGAAUUCCCGACAUGAGAUUCCAAAAAAGCCUCCAUCGCUCUUGGCUAAAGAAAACUAGAUAUAUAAGCUGUGGAGCACUGAUUGUUCAAACAAACAGUCUCUUCUUUGCAAUUCUCAGAAAGAACUUCUUCCCCCUCAAGAAACAGAUAAAAAUGAACAAGAUGUUGGUCGUCCUGAUUGUUGCUAUGAUGUUGGCCAAUUGUUCUGCUCUCCCACAAUUCGGAUUUGGCGGAUUCGGUCCUUCUGGAACUGGUGCUGGAUUCGGAACUGGUCAAGCUGGUUUCGGUGGUGCCUCAGCUAGUGGGGUAGGCAUUUCUAGUGCCCAGAAUGGUGGAUUUGGCGUUGGAUCAGGAUCAGGAUCUGCUUUCAGCGGUGGUUAUUUCGGUGGACAACACGCAACUGGUUCCGGACAUGGCCUUUCUUUUGGAAAAUGAGAAAUUCAAUUAGUCUUUAUGUUUUAUCUGUUAACGUUUGUUACCCAUUGGAAUUUCUAUAUUGAUGUUAUGAUGCUUUCAAAAAAUAAAGAAGUUGUUGUUGUACGA